AUGAAGAACAGCAAGGGUCUUGUAGGGGCGGGCUCGCUCCAAUUGACGGCACCGCCGACCUUCAAAAUCACCGAAAUCGACGAGCACCUCAAGUGGAACCCCUACAUCUGGAGCGGCUACCGCGAAAACUACACAUUCGGCCAAUGCCUCUACAGCUUCUUCACCAUCCACAACGAAUCAGUGAACGUGUGGAGCCAUUUUGCGGCGGUGCUGGUGUUUGCGUGGGCCAUGCACCACACCCUGUUCGACGUGCUCCUCCCCUCCACCUCCCUCCUCCACCUGGUGAUCUGGGCCACGUUCUUCCUGACCGCCAUCGCCUGCUUCGCCGGUUCGGCCGUCUACCACCUCUUCUUCCCCCAAUCCGUCGCCGCCGUCUACUGGCUCGGCAUUCUCGACUUCACCGGGAUUGCUGCGUUGGUGCUGGGGAGCUACUUCCCGCCGGUGUUCUACGGUUUCCACUGCUUCCCGUUCUGGCAGCGUUUGUACAUCACCUCCAUCUCCCUCCUCGGCACCGUCACGCUGGUCGCGCCGUGGUUCCGCUUCUUCCACUCACAACGGUACCUGGCCAUCCGGGUGAGUCUCUACGCCAUGGUGGCCGUCGCGGGCAUCGUGCCAGCAGUCCACUCCUACUUUCUCCUCCAAACUAUUCCCCACAACUACACGGACGGGUCGUUCGAUGAGGUGUACCACCGACUGUACAUCAUGUACGGUCUCUACACCAUCGGCGUGCUGUUCUACAUGUCCAAGUUCCCCGAGUCUCGAUUCCCAGGCCAGUUUGACAUCUGGUUCAACAGCCACCAGUGGUGGCAUCUGCUGGUCGUGUGCGGGACGCUGGUGCAUUGGAGCAACUGCCUGCUCAUCUACGACAACUACCUCAAGCUUCUCUCCUUCUGCCCGGCAGACAGCGCCGCACCGCUGCCGUGGUAG